AUGACCGUGGAACUAUCACAGGAGCAGGUCUCAAUGACCUCUGAGAGGCUUGGACAAGAUGAUGCCUUCCAAGACUUCCCAGGCAUCACUAGCAGUUCCCACGAGUACGAGCUUAAUCUGCUGGAGUCUCUCACAUUCCUUUACAACUUGUUGUAUGACGACAAGUCCACGUUGACCAAGGCGGACAUCCUCAGCAUACUUAAUUCUCUCAAGGAGAGGGAGAACGAGCUACCGUUUUCCUUCGACGAGGUUUGGGGGUAUAUGAAUAUCCAAGGCGUAUGGAUGCCUCCAAGUCUCCGAAACAAAUUCUACAGUGAAAGAUCGAGAGUUGGCAGUCAACUGUGGUUCAGAAACAAGCCUACUUCCAGACAAGAUGCCAUGAACGUAAGUACAACAGCUAUUAUUCCUUCGACACAACUAACAUUUGCAGAACGUUAA